AUGAAGAAGGCAAGAAAGAGACUAUUCCAUAAAGAUGAUUCCCCUGUAGCACCGCCUUUGAACAUCGACGCUUUAUUAAAGAAUGUACACUCAUUGGAACUGAAUUAUCAAGGGUUUCAACCUAGCGAGAAGAAAGCUCUAUUGAGGACUAUAUCUGCCCUUUGCAAAGAGGUUAUCGAAAAUGCGAUGUGCCACGGAUUAGACGGAUGCAUUAAACUAGAAGACCUAAACCUGCUGUUUAGGUUUUAUGUUGACUUAGAGAAGGAGUUCAAACUGGACUUUAACAAAGAUAUAAAGAAGAUGAUUUUAGAAGGUUUAGCUAAAUUUGAGAACGACUUUGUUUUAAAUUCCAAUGAGAAAGUGAUAAAUGUCGCAUUAAAGAGACUAUGUGCCAUUUGGGCACGAUUCUAUUCUCGGGUAUAUCCUGACUGUAUGAUUUGUCUUAUACAGAUCCCUGCAGAUAUCGAACAGCUCUUGUUAAUAUGCUUCCGUGAUGCUAUUGUCUUGCCGUACUAUAAGAACUUCAUGAAUGCGGAUGAAGGAAUAUCGAUGAGUUUUUCUAAGUAUAUACAGAACGAAGAGGAAAACGGCGUGAAACAACAGCACAAACUUAUAUUAAUUCAAUGUUUCGGUGUACUCAGCUCGAUAAAAGGUAAAGACAUGAAUCAAAGGUUGAUUGAAGAUUUGUUGAGUGGAGUAAGACGGAGUAUAGAAGUUCUAUAG